AUGGGUGAAACGUCCGCACCGGUCGUCGCCGACAUUCCGCAACCGAAACCAUCUCGGUUCCAGUUCGUUCCGGUACCGGGAGAGUUCACAAGAGGGCGAUGGAAGUGCCGCGAUUCAUACCAUCCGAACGCGGAGACGCUCGAGUUCGAGAAAAACAAGACGAAAGAGGAGGCGAAUCCAGAGAAACCAAGGAACAAAAAUAACCUAGAUGACCUAUCGAAUUCAUCGGAAAGUAUCAUAAUAACUCGGAAGAAUGGGGUGACAAUUGUUCGGAAGACGUCGAACUCGCUACUUCCGGAUAGAUAUGAUCAGAUACGGGAGCUUUCGAUUGACGAUUUUGAGAAUAAGUCGGAUGAAAAAGUCCAACAAGUGCCACCUACUCCAAUGAAUACGCCGCCAGCGAGUAUGGUAGUUGUUGAUACUGGGAUUCAAUCGGCUGUUGAGAACUCGCUAUCCCCCCAUGUAAGUCGUAAACCUUCGAACGAUGAGAAGGUCGAGGCUCAGAAGCUCGCCGAGCCAAGUCUCACAUCUGUAAAAUCUACUGCUUCCCUGUCAGUGGAGACUUCAAAAGCAACUCGCCACUUCCAAGUUGAACCAGUGGUACUGAGCGAGCCAGGCACUCCGGCUCCAGUUGCACCAGCUCCAUCCAUCGAAACUCUUGCCCCGUCACCAAACGCUCAUCAUCCACUCAGCGAGCCAACCUUCCAAGUGAUUCAGACGGAAGAGAGCAAGAAUAUGUCAAUGGACUCGGUUAAGAACGUUAUCGAUGCAGCUCUAAUGCCACCCCCAGCCGAUCGUCUCGACCAUGUAGAUGAGGUGGAAACACCAACGAAUGUGAUGAUAACUGUGUCGGCUGCAUUGGAAAAGAAGGAUGCAGAAGUGGCGGGAAGCUUGGAUGCUUGUGGAAUCCCGAUUGCCGCACCAAUCAGUGCACCCCACUCAACUCCUUAUGGAACUCCAAAAGAGACUCACAUAGUCCCGGUCUUCGAUGAAGUGUUCUCCUCCUCAAAUGUAAAUUCUCCACCACCGCCAAUCAUCACUACUACAACUGCCCCAACAACUGCCCCCGCGUCAUCACCAGUGUCCACAUCGGUCCCCGUUUCUGCUUCGUCGUCCGGAGCCGCUCUUCCAGCAGCUCCAGCGGCUACAAUGAACGCCUCAUCUCUGAAUACGCCUUCGACAACGGAUUCUCACACUCCAAUUGAUAACAAAAUCGAGCAGGCUAUGGAGUUAGUGAAGACCCAUUUGACGUAUGCAGUACGCGAGGAAGUCGAUACGUUGAGAAAUACGAUUGCCGAGCUGGAAUAUCAGAUGCGCGAGCUUCAAUACGAAUGCACCUACUAUCGACAAAACUGCGCACCGGAAGUUGUGGAUCAGGCCAACAAUUAUGUUCUCCAGCAAAUGUCGGCACAUCAACGCCCGACCAGAAAAGCAGUCAGCUCAACUAGCGUGAUUUUCGACGUAGUUCCUUCUCAAAGUGCAGCAACAUCAGCGUCUGCAUCAUCGGCUCACAUGCGUAAUUUGCAGAAUCAAAUUCAACAAAUGAAACAGAUCGCUCCUCUCGUCACAUCUUCCUCAAACAUCGUUGCCUCCUCCUAUUCUUCGGCUCCCACCAUUACAGCUCCACCAAAGCCCUCUCCCACCACCUCCGAGUCCUCUACAACAGGCAAUGGGAACGGAACAUCAGCAUCAUCAGCCCCCACCACCAGCACCACCACAAACACCACAACCCCUACCAAUAACUAA